AUGAUAUGUAGCGACUCCCAACUCGUCGUCAACCAGGUAAUCACCGAAUUCGCAGCAAAGGACGAAUCAAUGACUGCUUAUCUCGUGCAGACCCGUCGAUUACUCAAACAGUUCAAAACCUACUACAUCCGCCAGGUCCCCAGAUCUGAGAACAGCCACGCCGAUGCUCUCUCUAGGCUCGCUUUGGCAAUCGACGACCGUGUCGGCUGUCGCGUCCCCAUCGAAGUUCUCGCUCGGCGGAGCACGGCCGAAGCCGAUGUCAACACCUCACCGACGGCACCCUACCAACUGACAAAACCGAGGCAAAAACAGUAUGAUGACGAUCGGCUCGGUACCUUCUUUUGCAAGGCGUCCUCUAUCGGCGCAGCUACUCCCUACCAUUUCUGA